CAUGGGCACAGCUGCGGGCUGGACGCCGCUUCGCGCCGCCGGGGAGCGGAGGAGAGAGAACGGAGCGGAGCGCGGCGAGGGAGGCAGAUGCGUUGCUGUUCCCGUAGAGCCUUCGCCGCUUCGCCCCAGGCCGUCGUGAGCGCGCCGGGAGGAUCAUGACCGAAGCCCUCAUCUCUGCUGCUCUGAACGGGACGCAGCCCGAGCUGCUGGCCGGCGGCUGGGCCGCGGGAAACGCCACCACCAAGUGCUCCCUGACCAAAACGGGCUUCCAGUUCUACUAUCUGCCCACCGUCUACAUCCUCGUCUUCAUCACCGGGUUCUUGGGCAACAGCGUGGCCAUCUGGAUGUUCGUCUUCCACAUGCGGCCAUGGAGCGGCAUCUCGGUGUACAUGUUCAACCUGGCGCUGGCUGACUUCCUGUAUGUCCUCACGCUGCCCGCCCUCAUCUUUUACUACUUCAACAAAACCGACUGGAUCUUCGGGGAUGUCAUGUGCAAACUGCAGAGGUUCAUUUUCCACGUGAACCUCUACGGCAGCAUUCUGUUCCUCACGUGCAUAAGCGUGCACAGGUACACGGGUGUCGUGCACCCGCUGAAGUCGCUGGGGAGGCUGAAGAAGAAGAACGCUGUGUACAUCAGCUCACUGGUGUGGGCCCUGGUGGUGGCCGUCAUCGCGCCCAUCCUCUUCUAUUCGGGGACAGGGGUGAGGAGGAACAAAACCAUCACGUGCUACGACACCACGGCCGACGAGUACCUGCGGAGCUACUUCGUGUACAGCAUGUGCACCACGGUGUUCAUGUUCUGCAUCCCCUUCAUCGUCAUUCUCGGCUGCUACGGGCUGAUCGUGAAAGCUCUGAUCUACAAGGACCUGGACAACUCUCCUCUACGGAGGAAGUCCAUCUACCUGGUCAUCAUCGUGCUGACGGUCUUCGCCGUCUCCUACCUCCCCUUCCACGUGAUGAAGACCCUGAACCUGAGGGCCAGGCUGGAUUUCCAGACGCCGCAGAUGUGUGCCUUCAACGACAAGGUGUACGCCACCUACCAGGUGACGCGGGGGCUGGCCAGCCUCAACAGCUGCGUCGACCCCAUCCUCUACUUCCUGGCCGGGGACACCUUCCGCCGGCGGCUCUCCAGGGCCACCCGCAAGUCGUCCCGGAGGAGCGAGCCCAACGUGCAGUCCAAGAGCGAGGAGAUGACGCUCAAUAUUUUGACAGAGUACAAGCAGAACGGGGACACCAGUUUGUGAACGGAUGUGAAAGGUGUGGGGACUCCUUUUUGCAGUAACGCUGCAUCCUGACACCGCCGGACAGCCCUGCGCACGCGUGUGUCGGGAUGGUCUGCCAUCCCCAUUCAUUUUAGAUAAAGGCUCUUUUUCUAAGAUUAGAAAAAGCUUAACACAGUAAGUGGAAGAAUUUUAAUCUUAGUGGAGAAUAACAUGUCAGAAUUCAGCUCUCCUGCUCCUUGCAGAGUUCUCAUUUCUUUCUGACUUGUGUCAGAUGAAGUAAAAUGAAGCAAAUCCCCUGAAGGAAGAGAGCAAUCAAAGUGCUUCUGUUUUAAUGGCUCAGACUCCCACACUCCAAAAGGAUCUUCGCCCGCCUCCCUUGCAAACAGGAAAUGCAGACGAGGAGCUCAGCACGGCCCCCGGAGCUGCCCCUUUGGUAGCUGCCCACGGCCCCGGCGCGGCU